UCGGCGGUGGGAGGGAGACCAUGCGGAAAGUGGUGCUGGUCACCGGGGCCAGCAGUGGCGUUGGCCUCGCACUCUGCAAGCGGCUGCUGGAGGAGGAUGAUGAGCUGCACGUGUGUCUGGCGUGCAGGAACGUGGGCAAAGCGGAAGCUGUCCGCGGGGCGCUGCUGGCCUCUAACCCCGCCUCUGAGGUCAGCAUCGUGCAGGUGGAUGUCUGCAGCCUCCAGUCAGUCCUCCAGGCCGCCGGGGAGCUCAAGCAAAGGUUUCAGAGAUUAGACUAUGUCUAUCUGAAUGCUGGGAUCAUGCCCAACCCACAGCUAAACAUCAAAGCACUUUUCUCUGGCCUGUUUUCAAGAAAAGUGAUUCAUAUAUUCUCCACAGCUGAAGGACUGCUGACCCAGGAGGACAGAGUCACUGCCGACGGGCUCCAGGAGGUGUUCGAAACCAACGUCUUUGGCCACUUUAUUCUGAUUCGGGAACUGGAACCACUCCUCUGUCACAGUGACCAUCUUUCCCGGCUCAUCUGGACGUCAUCUCGCAAUGCAAGGAGAUCUAAUUUCCACCUUGAGGACAUCCAGCACCGCCGAGGCCAGGAGCCCUACAGCUCCUCCAAGUACGCCAUUGACCUGUUGAGUGUGGCGCUGAACCGGAACUUCAACCCGCGGGUGAGGCCCGGCUGGGGUCUGUAUUCCAGCGUGGUGUGCCCAGGAACAAUGGUGACCAAUUUGACCUGUGGAAUUCUCCCUCCCUUUUUGUGGACUCUGCUGCUGCCCAUCAUAUGGCUGAUUCGAUUUUUUGCAAAUGCUUUCACUCUGACGCCGAACAACGGAACGGAAGCCCUGGUAUGGCUUUUCCACCAAAAGCCGGAGUCUCUCAACCCUCUGACCAAGUACCUGAGCGCCACCACUGGCUUUGGAAGCAAUUACGUAAUGACCCAGAAGAUGGACCUGGAUGAAGACACUGCUGAAAAAUUUUACCAAAACUUACUGGAACUGGAAAAGCAAGUUAGGGUCACCAUUCAAAAAAACAAAUAAUCAGAGCUGACGAUGGCACCCCCUGAAACACCACAUACCUACCUUGAGCUCUGGGUUUCCGUAGAGUUGGGUGAUGUGCCUGUGUGGCAAUCGCUGAGCUGUAAUUGUCUCUUUUCCCCGGUUUCAGGAUUAUCUCUAAGACUGUGUAUGUGUGCACGUGUGUGUAUACAUGAGAAAAAGAUUGAUAAGUAAAAUAUGAGUUAGAUGUUUUCCAGAACGGUGUCACAUCAAAAUUGUGCUCGAGUCACCCAACCAACCAUGCGCGUAUUGGUUCUACCGACUGGAGCCCAAGCUCUGCUUGGUGGGAUGAGGUCUGGACUCGAGUGGUUGUGACAGAGGCACUCACCGGUCCUCCUUUUGGCCUUCCCGAGCAGGAGGAAGUACUCUUCACUCCCUGAGUGGUCAUCAGAGCUUUGUUCCUUUUCUUAUGGACAGUUUUCUUAGGUCUUAUACCUAAUUUCUUCUUCCAUGUGCUGCUUCUAGAAAUCCUGAGAUUAUGGGGCAUCUGGGUGGUUCGGU